AUGGAUGAAACUGCUUUGUCCCUUGGAACAAUAGAUGUUUCCUAUUUGUCCACCUCAGCAGAGUGCAGUAUCAGUAGAUGUAAGCAUUCCAGUGAAGAAUGGGGAGAGUGUAACUCUAGGCCCACUUUCCGAUCUGCCACUUUAAAAUGGACAGAGACUCUGCUGAGCAGAAAAAGGCCGUUUGUGGGACGAUGUUGCUACGUUUGCACUCCCCAGAGCCGGGAUAACUUCUUCAAUGCUAGUAUUCCUUCUUUGGGUCUACGUAAUGUCAUAUAUAUCAAUGAAACACAUACCAGGUACAGAGGGUGGCUUGCAAGACGCUUUUGUUAUGUCCUUUUUGUGCAAGAGAGGGAUGUUCAUAAGGGUAUGUUUGCCAAGAAUCUGACAGAAAAUGUGCUGAAUAACAGCAGAGUCCAGAAGGCCAUUGUAGAUGAAGCUUCUGAACCAAGUACUCCGGGUAGUUUUGCUCAAACGGAUGCUAAAGCUAUCAACAAAGUGAAGAAAAAAGCUAGGAAAAUUCUGCAGGAAAUGGUAGCAAAUGUGUCACCUGCUUUAAUCAGGUUGACUGGCUGGGUGUUACUGAAGUUGUUCAACAGCUUUUUCUGGAAUAUUCAGAUCCACAGAGGUCAAAUAGAAAUGGUCAAAGCAGCAACAGAGAUGAAUUUGCCUCUUAUCUUCUUGCCUGUUCACAAAUCUCACAUUGACUACCUGCUCCUUACAUUCAUUCUUUUCUGCCAUAACAUCAAAGCACCCUACAUUGCUGCAGGGAACAAUCUCAACAUCCCCAUCUUCAGCACAUUGAUCCGCAAGCUAGGAGGAUUUUUCAUUCGUCGAAAGUUAGAUCAGAGUCCUGAUGGCCGUAAGGACUUUCUCUACAGAGCUUUGCUCUACGUGCACAUAGAAGAACUGUUGAGACAGCAGCAGUUUUUAGAAAUAUUCUUGGAAGGCACACGGUCUCGAAGUGGAAAGACAUCUGGAGCUAGAGCAGGUCUUUUAUCUGUGGUGGUGGAUGCUCUCUUCUCAAAUGCUACUCCUGACGUCCUAAUUAUACCUGUGGGAAUCUCCUAUGAUCGCAUAAUUGAAGGUCACUAUAACAGCGAACAGCUGGGCAAGCCUAAGAAGAAUGAAAGUCUUUGGAGUAUAGCUAGAGGAGUCUUCAGAAUGCUGCGGAAGAAUUAUGGGUGUGUCAGAGUAGAUUUUGCACAACCGUUUUCCUUAAAAGAAUAUGUGAACAGCCAAAGCCAAAAACCUGUGCCUGCUCCUCUCUCUUUGGAACAAGCUCUGUUACCAGCUAUACUUCCAUCCAGACCUAAUGAGACUGUGGAUGAAGGUACAGAGGCCUCACUGCCCAGCUCCAGAGAUAUUACCAGUGAACCCUUCAGAAGAGAGCUGAUAUCCAACUUGGCUGAGCAUAUUUUGUUCACUGCUAACAAGUCCUGUGCUGUGAUGUCUACCCACAUCGUUGCCUGUUUGCUGCUCUACCGACACAGGCAGGGAACUGAUCUUUCCAGGUUGGUAGAAGAUUUCUUCUCCAUGAAGGAGGAGGUCUUAGCUCGUGACUUUGACUUGGGAUUUUCAGGGAACUCGGAUGAUGUUGUCAUGCAUGCCAUCCACUUGUUGGGGAACUGUGUAAAUAUCACAAACACUAGCCGAAACAAUGAGUUCUUCAUCACUCCCAGCACAACGAUACCUGCUGUCUUUGAACUCAACUUCUACAGCAAUGGAGUACUUCAUGUGUUCAUUAAAGAGGCCAUUAUUGCCUGCAGUCUUCAUGCAGUUCAGAGUAGGAGGUACAGAAAUGGUACCAACGGUGCUUCUCCCAGUUUGAUUAGUCAAGAACACCUGGUCCGAAAAGCUGCCAGCUUGUGUUACUUGCUUUCUAACGAAUUUACUAUAUCUUUGCCUUGCCAGGUGAUAUAUCAAGUUUGCCAUGAAUCUGUGGAACGGCUGAUACAAUAUGGCAUUCUUCUGGUGGCUGAGCAGGAUGAUCAGGAGGAUGUUAGCCCCAGUCUUACAGAACAGCAAUGGGAUAAAAAACUCCCUGAGCCAUUAUCUUGGAGAAGUGACGAGGAAGAUGAAGACAGUGAUUUUGGAGAAGAACAGAGAGAUUGCUACCUGAAGGUGAGCCAGUCUCAAGAGCACCAGCAGUACAUCACUUUCCUACAGAGGUUAUUGGGACCUUUACUGGAGGCAUAUAGCUCUGCUGUCAUCUUUGUUCACAAUUUUAGUGGUCCUGUUUCAGAGUCUGAGUACCUUCAAAAGUUGCACAGGCACUUAAUAAGCAGGACGGAGAAGAAUGUUGCUGUAUAUGCUGAGAGUGCUACCUACAGUCACGUGAAAAAUGCAGUGAAAGUCUUUAAGGAAAUUGGGGUUUUCAAUCAGACAAAACAAAGAAAAGACACCAUUUUGGAACUAAGCACUACGUUCCUACCUCAGCGCAACAGGCAAAAACUACUGGAAUUCAUCAUGAGCUUCAUGGUAUUAUAGACCACAUGCAGCACCUUUGUCCAGGGACAUGAAGACAGGUUUUGAGACUGUGUCAAAGCCUGGGGACAUUUGCUAAUCCUUCAAAGUGUAAGGUGCCACUGUCUGGGUAAGGCCUUCUCUGACUUGAACUACUGGAAGACAAGUGCCUUCUUAUGUAUGCAUUUAUGGAUUUCUUACAGCCCCAAUCCUGUUGUAAUACAGUGAUACUCAGAUGACACUUUGGAUACAAGUAAUUAAACAUGUUGCAAAAAAUAAGAUAAACAAUUAGAAUUAGAUUUAAAAUUAAGAGUGAAGUUUUAUCAGUGUUAUGUUUAAAUAUACUUUUGAAGACUGUAACAGAUGCACAAAUACACAUAUGGGUGGUCUGUAGCUAACCCUGAGAUCUUGAGUUUAGUGGCAACACAGUUUAUGGCAUAAA